AUGGAUCUGUGGCCUCGUUCUAUGAAUCGUAUGAUGGACAACUACUUCCGUGAUUUCGAUCGUUUUGAGAGAAGCCUUUUCCCGUAUUGGAGAAAUGCAGAUCACUCGGUGUUGCACGUUGCAAACGAAGCUCAACAGGUUGCUGUUUUUCAUAUUAGUAAUUUGAAUAUUUUAAAAAUCUCUUACAUCAGUAGAAUAAACUAUCUGCAUGAUCGGUCAAACCAGUUUUUCCUCCACAGAGCUGAACGAACAUUUCAGAUGGUCAAUGAUGAUAGCAAAUUUGCCGUGUCGUUGGAUGUAUCCCAAUUUCGUCCUGAGGAACUGAAGGUUCAUCUAGAAGGGAAUGAGCUAACUAUCGAGGGUAAACAUCAACACAAAAAUGACACAAGUUUCAUGGAAAGGUCGUUCGUUCGCAAGUGGAUGUUGCCGGAAAACGUAGAUCUGGAGGCGCUCCGUACCCAGCUAAACGAUGCUGGACAUCUCCCCGUCGAGGCACCGAAGGUUGGUCACCCUGGUGCUCAGAAGCGCUCUAUCUCAAUAGAGCGCAUUCCAUACCAGCUUUUAAAGAUCUUUCAUUAUGAAACAGUUUUUGUUUACUGGAUGAAGCUGUGCUAUUAA